GAAGCCCAAGCGAGCGCCACGCUUAUAGAUCUGAUAACUGCGCGCGGCGCCGUGGGGGCGGAGAUAACGUUGUUGUCAUCGCCGAAGAUGAUUGAACGCCGAUGGCCUCAGAUUUUCACGCCUGAGAAGAAGUGAUUAGAACGUACACUGGACUGUACGCCGAUGCGAAGUUUACCGGAGAUAAUAUUUGAAAGAAAUAUAAAGGAAUGGGGGUCCGCGUGAAGCCCGCACCGUGAGAUGUGUCCUCCUCCCCCGACCCUGCCGUGCUUCUGCACCGAGACCCUCUGGCGACCAGCUCGUCCGUGAGAACCGGCGCCGACCUAGAUGGACGACCCCGACCGACCGGGGACCCUGGAGUGAUCUUCUCUGAGACGUUACUGUUCACUAAAGCAACGAUGUCGGUCUCCACGGUAUUGGCGAAGGCGCUGUUCGACAACGCAGCCGAGAGCCCCGAGGAGCUGGCCUUCCGUAAGGGGGACAUACUGAUGGUUCUGGAGCAGGAGCAGGGCGGCGGGCCGGGCUGGUGGCUCUGCUCCCUGCACGGCAGGCAGGGCAUCGCCCCGGCCAACCGCCUCAAACUCCUCCAGACGGCGCCGCCCCCGGGCUCCGACCCGCGCCGCGGCUCCGCCGAGGACCCUGUGUACCUGUCGCCCGUCCCGCCGAUGAGCCGGGCCGAGGACGUGGACGGGGUGUACCGGUCGCCGCCGGGCGUCGGCGAGCCACGGGGCGCCGCGCCGAGGCCCGGGGAGCUCCGCAGAGCCGAGGGCGGGCGCCCGCGCUCCCACUCCAGCUCGGGCCUCCGGCCGAGACCCGACUGGGACUUGGGGGUCGGGGGGCGUCCGCGCUCACCCUCCCUGAGAGGUCGAGGCGCAGAAGCGACGGGAACGCUGUACCACGCCCCGGGGAGUCCCCUGCCUUCGGGGGCUCCGCAUGCCAGACCGACCGGGGCUCUGGCCGCCCCGGAGUCUGUGUACCUCGCCCCCACCGGGGUCCCGAGGGCUGCCGAUGAACCGGAGGACACAACCUAUCUAGUCCCUAGAAAAACGCUAACGGCCGCAGCAUCGGACGACUGUUACCUGGUGCCCAAAGGCACGCCUCUCGCCGGCGACGAUGUUUACCAAUCCCCCACUGGAGGGGUGUGCCCCAGCGGUCCCAGUGGAACCCCUGGCACCCCCCAGCUGAAAGGGAGCCAGGACACGCCUGCGAUGUAUCAGACGCCCACCCCGGUGGGAGCAAGCCUCCACAGGACUUCAGCCACAGUUCUGGCCCACCAGCACCCAUCGCCGUUAUCCCAGGUCCAAGCAUCUCCCAGAGCUCUGCUCAAGGGAGGUCCGCCGAGCCCCGCUGUGGCACGGGGCAAACCCGGCAUGGCCGCUCACCGGGGGUCUCCUUUGCUGGGCCGAGCCGGGAAGGUCAGGGUCCCUGGCUCGCCAAAUUUUGCCCGCAAACCACCUCCGCCCGCACCCCCGGUGAGGGGAGUCACCAAGAAAGAGGCUGCGCAGUCGGCGGAUUCCAGCUGUUGCCCCAGACCCAACGCUCAGGUCACUUCUGCGAGCCCUCAGCAAGCGGAGGACAAACCGACGGGGGGUCCCGAGAGCAAGGGCGACGGGACGAAUGGCGUCCUGGAGAGAAGCAACAACGCGCUGAACAAAAGGCGAGACGCGCCGGAGUACUCGGAUCACGCGGAUGACCAGGUGUACGACACUCCUCCCAGUGGCAGGUGGCAGCGCCCCGUCCCGUCGUCCCAUGGCGAGGAUGACGACGGCAUCUACGACACUCCUCGCUGUGUCCCACCUCAAGCUGAUUCUGAGACGGAGGUCUAUGACGUCCCCACCAUCAUUCUCAACCCAGACGUCCAGCCGGAGGAGGUCGAAGAAGACGUGUACAGCGUUCCUACGCUCCCGGGGGUGCCUCUGGGCCCGGGCGAGCCCGCCGCCAGCCUCCCGGGCGAGGACGGCGGGCAUCUCUUUCGCGUCCCCGGGUCCGAGAAGCGAGUCGGCGGCGGCGGCGGCGGUCCCAAGCGGGACUCGUCCGAGCCCGACCGCGGCAUCUACGACAUGCCCGCGAUCUCCGCCGAGGUCCUCCCGCACUCCGCCUCGUCGUCGUCGUCCUCCACCUCCACCCGCCGCCUCUCCGUCUCCAGCAACGGCUCGGGCGACGUGCAGUGGAGGGCCACGCUCUCCGGCCUCGUCCACUCGGUGCUGGGCGCCGCCUCCGGCUCGGCCGCCCUGCCGUCGCGGGAGCUGGCCGCCUCGCUGGCGGAGAUCCUGUCCACCUGGAAGGCGUGCCACGCCGACGACCCGCCGCCGCCCCUGCAGCAGGCGUGGGCCCGCCUCUCGGACCUCCUGCCGGCGCUGGCCGCCGUUGGCGCCGCGCCGCCGUCCGAGGGGCUGCUGACGCUGGUGCAGCGCUCCCUGGAGGAGAGUGCCCUCCUCCUGCAGGCGCAGGGCCGACCGCGCUUGCCUUCCCAAGACUCGCUGUCCCGCAGGCCGCUGCCCGCGCUCCCGCUGCCCGACGGGAAGCCCGCCGGCGGCGGCGGCAUGGGCUCCCGCAAAGGCAGCUGGAUCCAGGAGCGGCCCCUGCCGCCAACGCCUCAGCCCGCCUUCCCCCUGCCCCCCACUCUGUCGCCGGUGACGCUGACCAUAGGCGGCGGCGAGGACGACCCCAGCAACGAGUACGCGGGCAUCGGCCUGACGCCCAUCCCGCCCCCUGCGCCCACUGGGGACAGCGUAGGAUACGUCAAACUGCAGGGAAAACCUGAGCCACUUCCAGAUAUUCUUUGUGAGAACGGACACAUGCAGACGAUCAAUGCAGAUCCAACGCUGACCCCGUCCCCUCCUCUCCCCCUGUCCCUCUCCCUGGAGGACUCGGAGCUGCUGUCCUUUUACUCGUCCCAGAGCCUCGCUCACCUCUCCUGCCUGGCGGACGCCAUCGACGUGCUCUUCAGCAGCGUGCAGGGCAACCAGCCGCCGCGCGUCUUCGUCGCCCGGGGGAAGAGCCUCAUCGUGACGGCGCACAAGCUGGUGUUCAUCGGGGACACGCUCUCCCGCCUCCUCACCUCCGCCGACCUCCGGGCCAAGAUCACAACCUCAGGGGGACGACUCUGUCAGGCCUUGAAGUCCGUGGUCGUGGCGACAAAGGGCGCCGCACAAAACUACCCGUCGCUGUCCGCCACCCAGGAGAUGGUGGACCGCGUGGCGGAGCUCUCCCAGCAGGCCGCCGGCUUCUCCACGCUGCUGCAGCGCCUGGCCGAAAUAUCGUCGUGAUGUUCAGCACCCUCCGCUCGAAAAACGUUGUUUACACUACACGCGUAUAUGUUUUCUCCUUUUUUAAUUUUUUUUUUUUUAAAUGCCUUAUUCGUUGAACGGGAAUCGGAGUGAGAUGGGUUGUGAGCGUUGGUUCCUUUCUUCCUCCGUGUGUGUGUGUGUGUGUGUGUGUGUGUUGGCUUGCCUUUUGUUUAUACACUGACCGCCGUGCUUUGAUGCCAGGCAUACCUUAUUUUUUUCCCCCCUCCCCUGAGUGUUAACUUAUUGAAUAUAUGAAGCCGUGGCUUUGAGUGUCUGUGCGAUCUGUUCAUCAUUGGAGCUUUGCUUUAUUGUGUUUGCCAUAUUUUCUUUCUUUCCUGCCUCUCUCUAUUUAUUCAGCCAUCCCCCCCCCCCCCCCCCCCUCUGUUCCGCAAAUAGCCCAGAAGGAAGCCCAACAUCCUGGUUCUGGCCUACUUUCUACUGUUAACCUGAAUGGCCCUUUUGUGACUAUCAUUUUUCCAGCUGCUGAAGCAGCAUAUUGAGUGUUUUGGGCUUAUAAUGGAAGAGCAGGAAGUUCGCCUGACUUGCAUUCAUGAAUCAAAGUAUGUGCCGUACCAUUUUACACUAGAACAGCUCCGAAACCGCUCAGAACAUUUUCAGUGUAAACAGCCUCUCUGGCAGAGAUGGGGUUGGUUUUGGUAGUUGGGUGACAAAUGGCCUCGUCGCGUACCUUUUCCCACACUCACGUGGGAACCUGGCAGUGGAUGAUAAACCCGUUCCAAGCUCACCUGUCUCCGCACGUCUUGUUAUGAUUCGCAUGCAUACUUGGACGUUUUUUUUUUUUCUCCGUUGUUUCCCACAAACUACUCGACUCCUGUCAGCAGUGCUGACUCACUCCUGCGUUUAUUGUUUCGGGUAGAAACUAAGGCUGCGAGUGGAUGCAUAUAUAAUCAUGAAUAAUGCAAGGCGUUGCAGGGGAACAUGGUUUAGAAUUGCAAUUUAUUUUACAUAUUAGCUGGUUGAAAUUGUGACAUGAAGCACGGCAUCAUUUUUGAUAGAAAAGACAUUUUACAUCUUAAAUCUAACAAAGUAUCAGUUUCCUUUCCUCAGACAAUACUACUACUACUACUACUACUACUACUACAACAGUCUGAGGUCGACAUGUUUCCUUUCAUACCACCUAUCAGAUUUGAUAUGUUGGUUUGAUCUUUGUUUAACCUCAAUAAAACCCUCAACACUACAAAGGGCCUAUACAAAGUUAGGUUAUAGUGCUUUGCGCUCGCUGUUAUGGCUGGUCACCUUGUUUUACCUUGCAUACUCCUUUUUCCCAGGUCAAAGUAUCAGAGCGUUGCAUAAUCAUUUUCUCACUGUGUAACUCAUUCAGUUCAAGAGUUCUGCCUGCUUUUGCAUCUCCUUGCUGCAGUGGCACCGUGUGGAUGUUUGCGGUAUUAUUUAAUGACUUCAAACUUGAUUUUUUUUUUAAAAAAUACAAGCUCCACACUAUUAUGAAUGAUGAGAACGUGAUCGGCAACUUACCUUCAGCAGUAUAUUUAUUACUGUUUAUGUUCUUUCCCAUUUGCAUGGCUUUAAUUUUUUUUAAUUUGAUAUAUGCACAUACUUCGCCCGUGGGGCAAUAUUUCUGGGUAAUUUAAAAACGAAAAUCUUUUUUUCUGAAUAAUAUGCUACGCUGCAGUUCAAAUAUGCAGCUGUUUUUUCUUUUGUACAAGGAAGUUUUCUACAAUAUGAACCCGUAUGAGUCUCUGUAUUUGCUGAGGGGCAUCAAACUGAAUCUUUGACUUUCCUCCAACAGUACUACACCUUAAGUAUAACACUACAUUUGAUGUCUGUCUUGUAUUCCUAUUCAGAAUGCACAAAUACAUCUUUUGUAAUUAAACAA